GCUGCUGCAGGGCUUAGUCUGUUGUUCCCUUUCCAAAGAGGUAAGGACUGAUUCACAAAGGCCCUGCAGCAUUUCUGGCCUGUUGCUAUGGCCGCCAAGGCUAUUGGGUCCUGCUAAGCAAACAUGACCGACACUUGUGCCAAUGUGUGGGCCAAACCAAGGCCUGAUGGCUAAAUGGAGCCCCUAUGUGGGAAAAUGCUUUGGCUGCCAUCAUAAAUUCAACCUUUGGUGAGACUCUCCCAAACUUGCCAGCCAUAGGUCCUGUUGAACAACCACGCUCCCCUUAGCCCCCAAAUCUGGUUGGAGAACAGUGACUCUUAUCCUCCUCUGUUCCUUAUCAUUGGUCUUCCUUCCCAUCAGUCAAUGCACAUCUCCAUUCAGGGGCAGGAAGAGGUGGGGUGGGCCUCUCUAUACUCAAACGUGGAUCACCAACAGUUGUUUAUUUUCUUCCCCUCUAGUCUAGGCUUCGCCAGCCUGGUUCUCUUCAGGUGUUUUGGGCUACUACUCCAUUGGGCUGAUGGGAGUUGUAGUCCAAUACAUCGGGAAAGAACCAGGCUGGCAGAGACUGGUCCAGACUGGCAGAGAUUGGUCUAAUCAAAUGAGAACUGACUAAAACAUAUCUCUGAAUGCUACAAAGUUUGUGGGCAUGUUCACCUCAUCACCAAGCACUCGCAGUCAAAUAAGCCGUAACUUGAAUGUAGAAAUUGUUUGCUGAAUGACUCUUCCUGCCACCCAGAAAGGGGCACCUUUCCCAGUGACAUUCUCCCACAGACCUCUCCUUCCUUCCCCACCUCACUACCCAUCAUGCUUUUCUCCCUCUUGUCUCUUCUCUUGCAGGUAGCACAUGGGGAACCUUCUUAAAGUGUUGACUUAUAACGAGCUUGACCAAGGCCCUAAUUUUUUCCUUGACUUUGAACAUGCACAGCCCACAGAAGCCGAGACAGCUGUGUGGAACCAGGUGAACGCUGUCCUAGAGGAGGCACAGACCAUUCUGGCGGAACUGCAGUCCUACACUGGAGCUGGGCAAGAGAUCAGAGAGGCCAUCCAAAACCCCAGUGACUUGCAGCUCCAAGAAAAGGCAUGGAACGCCGUGUGUCCCCUUGUGGCAAAGCUGAAGCGUUUUUAUGAGUUUUCUCUUAGACUUGAGAAUGCCUUGCGGAGCUUGCUGGAAGCUCUCACCAGCCCACCUUACGCCCCGACUCAGCACCUGGAGAGGGAACAGGCUCUCGCCAAACAGUUUGCAGAAAUCUUACACUUCACCCUCAGUUUUGACGAGCUCAAGAUGACCAACCCUGCCAUCCAGAAUGAUUUUAGCUACUAUAGAAGAACCAUCAGUCGAAACCGGAUCAACAACCUGCAGUUAGAUGCUGAGAGUGAGGUGAACAACGAAAUGGCCAACCGGAUGUCCCUCUUCUACGCAGAGGCCACCCCGAUGCUGAAGACUCUCAGCAAUGCCACGACCAAAUUUGUUUCAGAGAACAAAACUCUUCCCAUUGAGGACACAACUGACUGUUUGAGCACCAUGGCCUGUGUCUGCCGGGUGAUGCUGGAAACGCCGGAAUAUCGGAGCCGCUUCACCAACACCGAAACUCUCCUUUUCUGCAUGCGGGUGAUGGUGGGGGUCAUCAUUCUUUAUGACCAUGUCCAUCCUGUGGGGGCUUUCGCCAAGACCUCCAAAAUUGAUAUGAAAGGAUGUAUCAAGGUCUUGAAAGACCAGCCUUCCAACAGCACAGAAGGCCUUCUGAAUGCACUGAGGUACACCACCCGGCACCUCAAUGAUGACACCACAUCCAAGCAGAUCCGGGCCUUGCUGCAAUGAGCACCCCCCCCCCUGCAGUCGAGGGGUGGGCGGCAUUCACCAGAGACCCAGAAGGGGAUUUCUCCAUGGAACCUUCAGCAGAAAUUUUAAUGUUGACAUAUUGCUAUAAAUAACCAUUGGCCAUCAUAUUCGUCAUUUUGUAAAAGAAGAAGAAGAAGAAGAAGAAGAAGAAGAAGAAGAAGAAGAAGAAGAAGAAGAAGAAGAAGAAGAAGAAGAAGAAGAAGAAGAAGAAGAAGAAGAAAGAAGGGGGAGAUUUUAUAUAUAUAUAUAUAUAUAUAAACAAAUAAAUAUAUAUAUAUAUAUGCACACACACAUACACACACACACACAUAUAAAAUUAUGAGAGAUAUAAUCCUUCCAGCUCAGUGCCAAUCUGCCCCAUCUCCCAAGACACUCCAUGUUCAACUCUGGCAGAAGUGCAGCUUUGCUAGAGAAGCGCCAUGUUGCCAAGGCCGCUCCUCUUCACCGUUCCAGUCCCAGUCCCACCCAUGUUGAUGUGACAUGUCUAGUUCUCAGCCCUGAAAGGCUGACAGAGUCUGACCAAGCUUCAAGAGGGACAAAGGGGGCAGGGUUUGGCCCAAGCUGGAAAGAGGUUGAACCACCAUCUUGGAACCAAGUGGGAAGGUCUGUUCCUAAACUCUUGAGAGGUCCAGAGAGAUGGAUCUCCUGAACUAGCCCAGACUCCAGAGGAGGGUGGGGGGCUAAGUGAGAAAGAUGGAGAGAUGUUCUCCUGUUUAAGAUGUAAAUAAUGUGUCUGGAAAAUGACUGUUGAUCAGGAAUGACUAGGAUGAUUGAUGCAGGAUGAUGAUGAUGGUGGACAUCAUCAUUAAAAUCUUCAACACUGAUUCCAUUCAAAAUGGCUCAGUCACACCUUUUAGAUUUUUAAUAUAAACAAUUAAAAUCCACUCACCUGUUAUUUUGUACAUUUUUGU